AUGAACUGUAUUAAAACAUAUUGGAAUGGGGAGGAUCAGAGGAAGAUCUGCUGCCCUCAGUGCAGGCAGACCUUCAGACCAAGGCCUAUCCUGGGUAAAAACACCAUGUUAGCAGCUUUAGUGGAGCAGCUGAAGAAGACUGGACUCCAAGCUGCUCGUGCUGAUCACUGCUAUGCUGGACCUGAAGAUGUGGCCUGUGAUUUCUGCACUGGGAGGAAGCUGAAAGCGUUCAAGUCCUGUCUUGUCUGUCUGGCUUCUUACUGUGAGAAACACCUCCAGUCUCACUAUGAUGUAGCUCCAUUGAAGAAACACAAACUGGUCGAACCCUCCAAAACACUCCAGGAGAACGUCUGCUCUCGUCAUGAUGAGGUGAUGAAGAUUUCCUGCCGAUCUGAUCAGCAGAGUAUCUGUUCUCUCUGCUCUUUUGAUGAACAUAAAGGCCACAUCCCAGUCUCAGCUGCAGCAGAAAGAACUGAGAGGCAGAGAGAACUUGAGGCCAGUCGACAAAACAUCCAGCAGAGAAUCCAGGACAAAGAGAACGAUGUGAAGCUGCUUCAACAGGAGGUGGAGGCCAUAAGUCGCUAUGCUGAUAAAACAGUGGAAGACAGUGAGAAGAUCUUCACUGAGCUGAUCCGUCUCAUCCAGAAAAGAAGCUCUAAUGUGAAGCAGCAGAUUAGAUCCCAGCAGGAAAGUGAAGUGAGUCGAGUCAAAGAGCUUCAGGAGAAGCUGCAGCAGGAGAUCAUUGAGCUGAAGAGGAAAGAUGUUGAACUGAAGCAACUCUCAUACACAGAGGAUCACAACCAGUUUCUACACAACUACCCCUCACUGUCACAACUCAGUGAACCUACAGAUUCAUCCAGCAUCGAUGUCCGUCCUCUGAGAUACUUUGAGGAUGUGACAGCAGCUGUGUCAGCGCUCAGAGAUAAACUACAGGACAUCCUGACAGAGAAAUGGACAGACAUCUCACUGAGAUUCAUUCAAGGGGACGUUUUACUGCCACAACCAGAGCCCAAGACCAGAGCUGAGUUCUUAAAAUAUUCAUGUCAAAUCACACUGGAUCCAAUCACUGUACACACAUCUUUGUUAUUAUCUGAAGGAUACAGAAAAGUAACAAAAGUGACUCAAACACAGCCUUACUCUCGUCACCCAGACAGAUUCACUGGAUGGUUUCAGGUCCUGAGUAGAGAGAGCCUGACUGGAUGUCAUUACUGGGAGGUGGAGUUGAGUGGGGGGGAAGUUUCUGUAGCAGUCGCAUACAGUAAUGUCAGCAGAGCAGCGACUAAGUUUGGACACAAUGACAGAUCGUGGGCAUUAAAUUGUGUCAAUAACACUUAUAAUUUUUGGUUCAACAAGAUCUCAACUCCCGUCCCAGGUCCUCAGUGCUCCAGAAUCGGAGUGUACCUGGAUCACACAGAAGGUAUUCUGUCCUUCUACAGCGUCUCUGAAACCAUGACUCUCCUCCACAGAGUCCAGACCACAUUCACUCAGCGUCUCUAUGCUGGAGUUAGGGUUUUUAAUACUGGAACCACAGCUGAGUUCUGUAAACCCAAAUAGACAGAAACCAUUUCAGACUUCAUGAGUCAGAUUCAUCUUGUUAGUCUUUGUUGUUUCUGAGAGCUAACCCUAACUACACAGAGAUCACCUGUCAAUCAAACUGUGAUUGUCAAAACUUUUUUUAUAGUGAUUUGUUCAAUUGACAUUUGUUUUUGGUCAUGGAAGCUAUCACUGCUCAUGACAAUGUAUGAACUUUUACUGACAUUUCUUCAGAUGAAAAUUUAAACUUCUCUUUGUUCUAAAUCUUAGUUUAAUGUUUAUUUUGAUGUAUUUGUGUGCUGUUGUUUCUCUUCAACUUCAAUAUCUUAAACACAGAAAACACCAGACCUUCAUUUAUCAUUUAUUGUUUGCUCAUCACAUUUUUAUUUUAUAAAGAAAUGUCAUUAAAACUGUACUUAUCAUAAUAAUAAUAAUCAGUAAGUAGAUAAUUGAUUAUUUUCUUGU